UGCUUUUUCAUGAUUCUAACGUUUCAGCUUCCAUCCAAAAAGGAUUUUUGUUUUAGCUGAUCACAUUGUUUUGAAGGAUUCCUUUCCCUUUCAUACACUACCUCAAACUUAAAAAGUAUAUCAUUACAAACGGAUUCUGCUUAGCUGUGAAUAUUCUGUUUUGACUUUUCAAAUUCUUUAAAGUCAUUGUCGAUGAAUACAGUAGGAAAGUAAUGAUUGAGAAAAAAUAAGCAAUUUGGUUACUUGUUUAGAGAUGAGUGAAUUCAGUGAAAAUACUUUGGCGUUCCAACAGAGAAUGAGAACACUAAAAUUUUAUCAAAAGAUGGCUUCCUCCACACCCGCCAUCGUUGUUUACCUGCACGACCAAAAGGAAGUACAGGCAGAGUUUGGCGGUAUCGACAGCUCAGAAUCAAAAGUUGCUGUCUCCCAUCUUCAUACCGAUUGGGGUACAGUAGACAAAGCUGUCCUUCGAUCUGGCGACAUUGUAAACAUCGAAUAUGUACUUCAGCAGGAAGAAGGAGAAAUCUAAUUCAUUUUGAUUCCCUUUUCUACACCCGAUUGAACGAAAAGGAGAAUGGGAAAGGGGCGGUUUCAUAGAAGGAGCUAAAGAAGGAUAUUUUAUUUUUAUUAUUAUCUUUCAAUGAAUACUUUACGACCACUGUGUUUAAACUUCCAA